AUGGACUUUGACGCUACUCUCGAGCGUCUCAAUGCGCUCAAGAUACAGGAACCACAUUCGACUCCAAAUCAACAUUCAGAUCCGACAAAACAGCUGCAACACGAAGUAUGGAAACUUCAAGAAGAGAAGAAGCGCCAUGUGCUGGAACAGGAACGGCAGAUGCAGCGCUGGCAGCAUGAAAUGCGAGAACUUCAGACGCGUCUUGAAGCUUCGGAACACCAGAACCUUCUCCUCAAGGCGGCACUUGGUGAGGUUGAUGUAUACCGACGCCAGGCUGAGACACAACAGCUGAUGAUCAAGGAGCUCCAAAUGCAGGUUAAGCAGCUGCGCAUUACCAAUUAUCGACUGCAAUAUGUGGUGCAACAAAAUGAGCCACGAGCUCAAGGCUCUUUCUUGCCACCACCACCUCCAGAUAUAUUUUGA